AUGAAGCUGUCAAAUCAAUCGGAGGUCCCGGUAUAUACCAUUUCUGGGUCGAAUACUGCGCGACCGCUUCCUGAAUGGCUUGCAAGACGGCGAAAGCGCAGUCUUAAAAAUGACCUGGAGUAUGCGAAUCGUGUCGAAUUGCUCCAAGAUUUCGAGUUCGAGGAAGCUAGCCAAUGUGUUCGCGUUUCUGAAGAUGGGGAAUGGGUUAUGAGCACAGGAACCUACAAGCCCCAGAUCCAUACUCAUUACCUACCUCAAUUAUCGCUUUCAUGGGCCCGUCACACAGUAGCCCUUAACACGACAUUUAUACUCUUGUCCUCCGAUUAUUCAAAGUCGCUUCAUUUGCAAUCCGAUCGGUCACUCGAGUUCCACACGCCGUCCGGAUGCCAUCAUACGAUGCGACUCCCGAGAUAUGGUCGCGACCUGGCAUACGAUAGACACUCUACUGAAGCUUUGGUUCCAUCCGUGGGUGUAAACCCAGAUGGCAUGGGAGAGGUCUUUCGAUUGAACCUGGAACUGGGCCGAUAUAUGCGGAGUUACGAAGUAGACGUUGGUGGCGAUGACUUUACAUCUGCUGGUGCAGGAGCUUUGCAAGGUGGUAUCAACACCGGUGCAGUUAACACAGCAGCGAUCGCAGAGGAAAGCCACAAUCUUUUGGCUUUCGGUACCACACUAGGCACGGUGGAAUUAUGGGACCCAAGAGCGAAAGGCAGAGCCGGAAUCUUAGUGCCACCCACGCAGUUCGCGCCCGACGAAGCGAGAAACGAGAUCACCGCUCUGGAGUUCCAUCGGUCAGGAUUAACGCUGGCGACCGGUGCCUCUAAUGGCCUUAUGCACCUCUACGAUCUUCGAUCGCCCGUCCCUAUACUCAAGAAAGACCAAGGCUACGGUUUCCCUAUCCACACUCUGAAGUUCCUCCAGCCCUCUACUGCUACGCGCGAGCAGACUAUGGACCCUAAGAUUAUGUCCGCCGAUAAGAAGAUCAUCAAGAUCUGGGACCCACGAGAUGGCAGUCCUUGGACUUCGGUUGAGCCAGCUGUGGACAUCAACUCCGUUGCAUGGUGUAAGGACAGCGGAAUGCUCUUGACUGCUAAUGAGGGAAGACAACAGCACUCAUUCUUCAUUCCCCAACUUGGACCUGCUCCCAAGUGGUGCUCGUUCUUGGACAACCUUGUCGAAGAAAUGGCAGAGGACCCCAACGACCCCAACGCCUUCUCUACCGGCCAGACCGGCGCUGUUUACGACAACUUCAAGUUCUUGACGGUUCCUCAACUGCGUACUCUUAACUUGGACCACUUGAUCGGACGCACGAAUCUCCUGCGACCUUACAUGCACGGUUACUUCGUGGGCCAGCAAUUGUACGACGAAGCCCGGUUGAUCACCAACCCGUAUAUCUGGGAGGAAGAGCGCGCGAAGAGAGUCAAGGACAAAAUCGACAAGGAGCGCGAGAGCCGUAUCAGAGGCAAGAAGAAGGCCAACGUCAAGGUCAACAAGAAACUGGCAGAGAAGCUCAUGCACGUGGAAGAAAAGAACGAGCGCAAGAAGGCACAGCGCGUGCUGGAACGCGGAGGAGACGAUGAAAUGGUGGACGCCUCUGCCUCUGCUCCCACGCCCGCUGCCGCUGCUACUUCCGAUGCCGCCCCUGGCAAGAGUCUGUUGGCAGACAGCCGUUUCUCGAAACUGUUCGAGGACGAAGACUUCGCUAUCGACGAGCACUCGCAUGAAUUCAGAAUGCUCAACCCUAGCACUGUCCCCGAACCCGCCCCAAGAAAGGAACGCGGUCUCACCGCAGUCGAACAAGAAGACGCCGACGACGUCCCCGGUUCCAGCUCCGACGGAUCCAGCUCCGAAGAAGAAAGCUACGCGCCCAAGAAAGAACCUUCCUCCGGCAAGAUCUCUACAUCCUCAUACAAACGCAACAACAAGUCCCGCCACCCACGGAUGCAGGUCUCCUCUUCUACGAAUGUCAGCUCUGGCCGUGAUCGCUCUUUCGGCUCCAGGGCACAGAACAUGCAAACCAAGUCGAAGCCUUCACGUCGUACUACCGUGGUUGGAGAACAGGAGGUCUCGUUCAUGCCUCAAGGGAAACAAAGGCAGAAGAACAACGCUGCUCCUGAGAGUUCCGGGGGCGACAAGAGCUUCAACUUCCGCUCGAAGGAGCGUCGGAGCGCUUCUGGAAACACUUUCCGGAAGAUGUGA